UUCCUCACUGUGGCCAGAUUUGCCCCCACUCGUGGCAGCACGGUGACUGUCACGGAGCUCAACGAAGACCCUGGGUGCGAAGGACGAACCACCGCCGUGUACGCGACGAUCACACCAGGCACGUGCGCUGAGAAUGACAAGGCUGACCACUGCACGACAGAGAACGGCUGGGGCCUUCUCAGCUCUGAGUACACGUUCUGCGAGUUCGACCAAGCAGCGUACCUCCAAUAUGCGUUCGCCACUUCCUACUACGUGCUAGUCGAGUUUUACUGGGAUACUCCGUGCGAGAACCUGUGGCACACCGUCGUGCUCCUGGCCGAUGGCCAGUGCCACCAAACCGUCCAGGAAACGAUCAUGGUCACGACGGACGCAGAAGGCACGCUGUACCUGCAAAACCGAGGACUUGACUGUGAUCGCGGACUGUGGGGCAAUAUCACCGAGCCUGUUCCCAAGGCGAUGGUCAACUCAGGAGAGUGCUUCGUGGGCAAAGACGUUAGCAAGAAAGUGUACCUGGUCGAUGGCACAGCUGCAGCGUCGUCUUCCGCCUCAAGUAGCGCCUCAAGCUCCAGCACG